CGCGUUUGUUUUGUUAGCGCUGUGGUUGUUAAAAAAAAUCGAGGAGACCAGAAAGGAUCAGGGUCAGGAUAAGGAUAGUAUAUUAAUCGGUAGCAGAUGGAAACCAUUGAAACAUUUGAUCGGUAGAGAUCAUCAACGCCAGUUAAAAAUAUGCCCAACGUGGACGAUCAGAGGAUAAAGGGCAUAAAGCGAGCGGAAUCGGAAUUAUCAGAGGAAAAGAGUGAUCGCCAAGAGGGGGAGGGGGAUCCGAAAGAGGAGUCGGAGGAGGCCAGCGGCAAGAUCAAGGGCCGUUCCCGAUUCUCUGCGGCUCUGCGAAGCCUCUCCAAGACCAAAACCAAAAGGGAAAGGGAGCUGGAUAAAAGUACCGACAGGGAAACCAGAAGCGCGGAGGAGGAGGCGCAGGAAACCCCAGGUGAGCUGGAAGACGUGGCCAGUUCCAUUUCCACGGACAGUGGAGCUCUCGCCAAGACAAAAAAAAAGAGCCUGACGCGCCGCCUGCUCUUGGGUGGUCUGAGGAAAACUGGGAAAACCUCGAAGGUUCGUCCCCACAGCCUGGCCACCAGCGACGACCUCAGCGUGGAGCACCUGGAUGCCACACCCUUGCCAUCCCCACCCGGUUCACCCUCUUCCGCUAGCAGCAGCACACUGCAGAUCACCAUCAGUGGUAAGAAGGUGGAACCAGCACCCGCCAAGAAGAGCGGUAAGAGUAGGCCGAAGAGCGACACGGAUUAUCUGACACCCGCUGCCGAGGAGAAGAAGCCGAGAAAGAAAACCACUACCACCACGGUGACCACUAGAGAUACGAGCAGCAGCACCCGCACCACCAAGCUGCUGGUAACCAAGAAGAAGCCCCAGAGCCCCGAGAGAGAGUCGCCGUCGCCCCUUAUCACCACCACCGAGAGCACGCGCGAUACGCCGCCCAGAGAGCGGGCACCAGCGAAACCGAGUCGCGUUCAGUCUGCCAGCGGCACCGGAACUGUUCGCAAGUCCCAAUCUUUAAGCGGAUCCAGCAGGAAGCUGGAAUUGAUGCAGCAACAGCAGCAGCGCGGCCACCGCCUUAACGCCAGACCACUGGCUGAAAUAGCGAAUACGGAACCCCAGCCAUCCGGGCAAGAGGCCCUGGACCCAUCCAUAUCUAUAACCACAUCCCCUCCGGCCGCUGAAGACGGUGUCUCGUCGGCGGAAAGUGCCCAAACCAUUGCCAGUCCCCCGCCCGUAGUACGUUUUGCCGUUGGCAGCGCCGUUAGGAGUCCUUUAAGCGCCUACGAAGCCGCAUUAGCUGCCGCUGCCAGUCAGCAGCCCAAUUCCAACGAGGAACUCAGUGACUCCAGUCUCCGGCGGCUUAACUUCGCUCAACAACAACUCAUAACCGGCGACCACGACAGCAUCGAGGGCAGGCGAGAAACCUUGCGCUAUCAGUCCGUAGCUAGUGAAUACUCCAACCAGGACUCCGGGUCGGAGGACGAAAGCGAGGAGCAAGCGGAAGCCAGAGAACCAGACAGUGCCAAGUCCAUGCCGGCCUUCGGUGACCUGACCAUGGAUCAGGAAAUGGAACCGGCCAUUAUGACGUCCACCAGCGAUAAGCGCGAACAUCUGUACAAGAUUCUAGUCAUCGGUGAACUGGGAACCGGAAAGACAUCCUUCAUCAAGCGGUAUGUCCAUCAGUUCUUCAGUCAGAACUACAGGGCCACCAUCGGCGUUGACUUCGCCCUGAAGGUGCUCCAAUGGGACGCUAACACGAUAGUGCGCCUGCAGCUGUGGGAUAUUGCCGGUCAAGAGAGGUUCGGAAACAUGACCCGUGUCUACUACAAGGAGGCAGUGGCUGCAUUCAUCGUGUUUGAUGUGACACGCAGUAAGACCUUCGAUUGUGUAAGCAAGUGGAAGGAGGACCUGGACUCCAAGGUGCAGCUGCCAGACGGCAGUCCCAUUCCGUGCAUCCUGCUGGCCAAUAAAUGCGAUCAGGAAAAGCAGGGCAUUAUAACGCAGCCCGAGAAGAUGGAUGAGUACGUGAGGGAAAACGGUUUUGCCGGCUGGUUUGAGACUUCCGCCAAGGAGAACAUCAACAUCGACGAGGCAGCCCGUGCCCUCGUGAAUAAGAUACUCAUCAACGAUAAGCUGAUAUCUGCCGAUCUGGCCGAUGCCGACAAGUUUAACCUGAGCACGGGCGAUGCAGCCGGAUUGGAUACCAAGAACAAGUGUUCCUGCUGACCUGGGACCGAGGUCCGGCAAUUUGCUAUACAUUUCAAUUACCAUUCCCAGUCUGAGCACGUCCAAAAGCGAGUUUCGAAGACAGAAACGCAAUGUGCCUACGUCCACUCCAUGUUCAUGUUGUUAGAAGUUAGCGAUAACUAUGCUUAGGGUUUCAACGUAACAUUUGUCUAAGACUUAGUCUCAUCCGCAUCCCGAUCAUCCCGUCCAUCCAUUUAUCGGAUUGCCUUUAUCUUUAACACCCAAGCCCCGUAAAUCCCGAUAAGACAUUUCUGUGGGUCUACAUUGUAGAAUUGGAAUCCGGGUCACUGAGUGAAUUUAUACCGUGGAACAUAGAACACCUAAGCAUUCGCCCCAUUAUUAUUAUCAUUAUUAUCGCGAGGAUUAGCCAGAGAUAGUGCAGCAUCCGUAUCAUAGAAUUCUACAUUUGUGUAAAAUACGAAACGUGUUCUUGUUUUUGUUUGUUUUAUUUGCCUACGCUGGCGAGAUUGUUUUAUCUUGGAAUUAUUACUCUCACACAUGAAAACACACUCUGCCAUCUUUAUUUGCAUUUAGAUAAAAAUACGUACGAUUUAUGCAAUACGAAAUGAGAAAUAAAGUUUUUAAUGGUAGUUAAGUUAA